AUGGCUUCACAAGAGGAGAAACAAGCUCAGCCCUUUGUAGACAUCUUCAAUGAAGAUGAAGCUGAAAAGUCUUUUCUGUUGUCAAAGCCCACUUGCUUCAUUGUCCUUGGAAAGCCAGGUUCUGGAAAGAAAACAUUAGCUAGAAAACUAGCACAGAUGUGGAAAUGCAUUUUCAUAGAAGCUUUGGAAGUAAUUCAAAUGAAUAUUCAUGAAAAAACAGAAUAUGGGCUUAAGUGUCAAGAAUUGCUUUUUAAAGGUCAAAGUAUUUCUGAAGAACUGGUCACAGAAAUGAUUCUGAAAAAGACUGAGUCACCAGAAGUUGCUCAUUUUGGUUAUGUUCUCAGUGGAUUUCCUUCUCUCUCAGAGGAAUACAUGACUGUUUCACAGCAAUUAGAGAAAAUAAAAAAUCUAAAAUUAAAACCUGAUUUCCUGAUUAACAUUAAGUGUUCAGAUUAUGACUUAUGCCAAAGAAUAGCAGGACAAAGGCAACACCCUGCUUCAGGGCAGGUAUAUCAGAGGAACCAGUGGGAUCCCAACGUUAUUGAAAAGCAUAAGAAAAAGAAAGAUCACUAUGAAGAAGAGCAUGAAGAAGAAGAAGAAGAGGAAGAGCAGGAAGAACGAGAAGAGACUGCAGAAGAGCCACUUAUGACAUCAGAAUUUUUGCAUCAGUUAGUGCAAAGGCCUGAGGAUAUUCUUGAAAAUGCAGAGGAAAGAGUUGGAAAGUAUAAGGAUAUAAUGCUACAUCCUUUAGAAGACUUGAUGGUUGAACAGGAUUGUCAAUAUCUUUUUGAACUGGAUGGAAAUCAGCAACCAGAUGAUCUCCUUGUAUCAGUGGUAGUUCGACUUCAAUCUCUGGGUGUUCGAUAUGGAGCUCCUAUAACUAAACUUCAAAAUGAGCAAGAAGAAACGCUGGAGAGAUUAGAAAAUGAUGAACUUUGGCGAGUUCUGUCAUCUUACAAACUAAUAGCACCCAGAUAUCAGUGGCGUAGAAGCAGGUGGGGACAAGCAUGCCCUGUGGCUCUAAAGAAAGGUGACAUUGUAAUGGGAAACCCAGACUUGGCUGUCAGUUUUCUAGGGAAAAUGUACAUACUGUCAUCCCCAGAGGCAUUGAAAACAUUUAUGUUGAAUCCACGACCUUACCUGUUACCACCAAUGCCACUUCCUCCUUGUAAAGUUAUAGUAUUUGGUUCUCCGUUGUCUGGAAGAACAACUAUUUGUAGCCUAAUUGCACACAAAUAUAAAGGAAAGGUUCUUGACAUGGCCAAACUCAUUCAACCCCACAUGGAAGAAUCAAGAGAAAAAAACACUGAGCAAGUGCGAAAGGAUGCAGUAGAAAAGGCUAUAACAGCAGUGAAAAAUAGGUUGGAAUCAGAAAACCAGUCAGAAGAACCAGGAACAUCAGAGGUAACAGCUGACCACGCAGAAGUUCAAGCGAUGGUAGAAGAAGCUGUAAAAAGUGCAUCAGUCUCUGAAGUUACACUGACAUCUGAAAUAUAUGCUGAAGUACUGGAGCAAGCUAUUACAGAGCUUAUGAAGAACAACAAAGACAGAUUUCCUGGUGCUCCAGAGAAAGGAGGAUGGGUAGUGGAUAACUACCCCCUGUCAGUAGAUCACUGGUCAGCAUUAUCAGAAAAAGAACUUCUACCUGACACUGUUGUCUGUUUGAAGGAUACAGAGAAAGGUGGAGCCUGUAUACUACGCAGAACAUACUUAGCAAAUAGGGAUGAAAUUAAUCCUAAAAUUUUGAAAAGACUAACAGAUGAAGCAUUAAAAAAGAAAGAAAGAAAAACGCAAGAAAUACUGACAUCAGAGGAAGAGCAAUCUCCAGAGGCUGUUGAGGAGAGAGGUGAAGAAAUCGUACUACCUGAGUUUGCAGACAAUGAUUUUCUAGAUAUGCCAGAAAUGAAAAUAUUUAAAAAGAAGAUUGACCGUUUCAUGGAGGACUGGCAAACAGUGGAGUCAGAAAUCAAGGACUCAUCUCUAGUUCAGGUUGUUGUUUUAGAGAUUGCUGAGCAAAGUCCAGAAAGUCUGCUUAAUCAAACUGUGCUGGCUAUGGAAAAACCUUUUAAAUAUCAUGGUUGGGAAUUAUCUGAUGAAGACUUAGAUGAGGAAGCAGAAGAUCUAGGUGAUGAAGGGGAAGAUGAAGAAGAAGUUGGAGAAGAGGAAAGUGAAGAUGAAGAAGCUCCUCCUUUACGGGUAUGCUUACUUGGGACUCAUGGAGCAGGUAAAACUACUUGUGCACGACAGAUAGCAGACAAAUUAGGCCUUUUUCAUAUUCAGUUUGAAGAAUAUCUGCAGGAAUUGCUUUUACCCAAAACUAAAGAGAAAGUUGGGCCCUAUUUGGAUGAAGAACCUGAAGAAGAUGACAGUAUAAUGCUAAUUGUGUCACAGGAAGACUCCUCUCAGACCAGGACUAAAACUGAGACUGAAAAAAGCACACAGGAAGUGGAGUUAACUGAUGAGGAAGAAGCAAUCAAAGCAAAUCUAAUGCAUAAUAAGGCACUGCCUCCAGAAGUCCUUGAUAGCAUUGUUCUUGACUGGUGGAAGAAAGAGCCAUUCCGGUCCACAGGAUUUAUAUUGGAUGGUUUCCCUCGUACUUUAGAUGAAGCUCAGUACUUGUCAGAACAAGGACUCUGUCCUGACAUUGCAGUUUAUAUUCAAGUAGAAGAAAGCGACGUUCUUGACCGUCUUUUUCCUCCACGUCUAAAAAAAUGGAAAGAAAGGCAGUAUAAAAAAAUUGAAAAUAAAAAGAAACUGAAAGACCUGAAAGCAAAAAUAAGG